AUGGCAGCUCUUAGGAUAUUAAUAGGUUUUCUGGCGCUAACCGGUUGCGCCUUCUCAGCUGAGGUACCUCUUCGAGCUGAUGGAAUCGAGCUCACUUUAGAGCCUCAGAUCACUGGCGGAUUCCUCCUCGUUCUGACUAAAGGUGAUGAGAGAACUGUCUACGGUCACAUAGGUCGCACCCUUUACUCAGCUUACACCUCCGAGGAUGUGGAGGGCGGGGUGAACAUAUUCAUUGGCACAGCGAAUCUAACAGUGCGCACAGUGCGCGACGACGCAGUGGAUGCCAGGGGAAUCAAGAUCAAAUGGGACUCUUAUGAACCAAUAAGAUUUGAAGACUGCCUUGAUUUUGGUUCAAAACACUGGUACGCCGGACCAAUGCAAAUAGACCAAAUAUAUCCAAUAGAAGGUGCACACCAGAACUACAGUGCCUAUGUUUCCAAAGAGUUGGACAAUGGAGCUAUCGUCGAGAGAUAUUGGCUAAACUCUGCCGGAGAAUACAUUUACGUGAACCCACAAGUGCCACUAUUCGUGGACUACAAUUUGAUACAUCCCAACCAUAUAUGCUUGGGAGCUCAGCUAGCAGCGCCAUAUUCAACAAGAAGAAACUACACGGAGCUGUCUUACGAUUUCUGGUUUUUGCCUAAUGUUAAAAAAGCUCAUAAACAUGCUAUUGCUCACUAUUUAGGCAAACCGUCGGGAUUGCCAGAUUUCAGAAUGGUCCAGCAUCCUAUCUGGUCAACAUGGGCUCAAUAUUCCCAAAAUAUAACUGGAGAGAAAGUCAUAGAAUAUGCAAAUCAAAUAAUAGCACACGGAUUCAAUAACUCGCAAUUAGAAAUCGACGAUCUAUGGGAAACUUGCUACGGGUCUUUAGAAGUAGAUACGAAUAAGUUCCCAAAUCUAACACAUUUGGUCGAAGAGGUUAAGGCCCUUGGAUUCAGGGUAACAAUUUGGGUUCAUCCAUUCAUUAACAGCAACUGUGAUCCGGUUUAUACUGAUGCGCUAAAUAAUGGGUAUCUAGUCCUAGAUGAAGCGGGCACAGCGGCUGCAAACUGGUGGAAUCCAAACGGCUCCAUCCCUGGUCUGGUGGACUUCACCAAGCCGGCCGCGGCUGAGUGGUGGUACAACCGUGUUAAGAAUCUCAUCGACACUUACGGCAUUGAUAGCAUUAAGUUUGAUGCUGGCGAGAGCAGCUUUUCACCACAGAUUGCUGUUCAAGAAGGUGACAUAGACUUACAUCCCCAUAACAUCGUUGAUGCUUACGUGCGAACCUGUGCUCGAUUUGGAGAUAUGAUAGAAGUGCGUGCUGGGUUUAGGACGCAAGACCUCCCCAUUUUCGUACGAAUGGUGGAUAGAGAUUCCAUCUGGGGUUUAAACAACGGUCUUCCCACAAUCGUCACUACAACUAUACAGAUGAAUCUCAAUGGCUACUCCCUGGUGCUUCCCGACAUGAUAGGAGGGAAUGGGUACAACCUGAACCACGCGCAGGCAGAUCUGCCCAGCAAGGAGCUGUUUAUACGCUGGGCGCAAGCUAACACGUUUUUACCAGCCAUGCAGUAUUCUUUUGCACCUUGGAAUUUCGAUAAUGAGACAGUGGAAAUAAGCAAGAAGUACACAGAGCUACACGCUGAAUACGCAGAAGUUAUAUACGCAGCUAUGCAGGCCUCCGUGGAAAAUGGCUCGCCAGUCAACCCGCCGUUGUGGUGGCUAGAUCCUACGGACGAAGAGGCCCUCACCAUAUGGGAUGAAUAUCUUCUGGGUGACAGGAUCUUAGUUGCACCAGUGUUGAAUGAAGGCGUCACAGUCCGUGACAUCUACCUACCCGUUGGCACGUGGCUGGACCAAGGUGACCCCGAGAAGGUCCAUGAAGGGCCGGCUUGGAUCAGGAAUUACCCAGCCCCCAUCGACGUGCUGCCGUACUUUGUGAGAGAACAGGACGAUGUACCAGAUAUGGCGAACACUCCUUCAGUAGCUGUUCUAUUGAUAGUUUUAGUAUUAUCUGUAGGUUUUAAUAAUUUACGAUAA